AUGGACAAGGAGACCAAGGCUGCCAUUGCCGAAGCAAAAGCCGAACCCACUACUGAGUUAAUUCUUCAGCCUGGUCAAACCCUCAAUAUUUACCUGUGCGGACCCACCGUUUACGACCAUAUUCAUAUUGGAAAUUUACGGCCAGUCAUUAUUUUUGAUGUCCUAUUUCGUCUCUUGCUGCACUUAAGCAUUCAGGUCAAUUAUAUCCAAAAUAUUACCGAUAUUGACGACAAAAUAAUUGCCAGAGCCCAAAAAGAGAAAAAAAACGAGUCAGAAAUUAGCCGACAUUAUGCGAAAUCCUACUGGGCUAAUUUAAUUCGUUACAAUGUUCUAUUUCCUACUCAUUGGCCGCAAGUAAGUAAUUAUAUCCCCCAAAUCCAAGAUUUUAUUAGUUUAUUAGUCAAAAAUGGUUCAGCUUAUCAGCGAACCGGAGAGAUAUUUUUUCGGGUAGAGGAUAACUCUGAAUAUGGCAGGCUUUCUGGGCAAAAUCUUGCUAAAUUGAAAGAAAGAACCCGGGAAAUUACUUCG